AAGUGCUCACUGUCAGAUGUGAGUGUUAGCUGCUGUAUGUUAGCAGUUGAGCUCGAGCUCUGCACACUGUUUCGUUGAGAGUAAAAUACGUUUAUUAUCGUUAUUGUUUGGCUAUUUGCGCUAUUGUGCAGGAGGAGAUCCGUUGACGGUCAAACACAGACUCAAUCAUGAUUACUUCAGCCGCUGGUAUCAUUUCUCUCCUGGAUGAAGACGAGCCGCAGCUCAAGGAGUUUGCUCUACACAAACUGAAUUCCAUCGUCAAUGACUUCUGGGCUGAGAUUUCAGAGUCUGUAGAUAAAAUUGAGGUGCUGUAUGAGGAUGAAACGUUUCGUAGCAGAGAGUUUGCUGCACUGGUGGCCUCUAAAGUAUUUUACCACCUCGGAGCAUUUGAGGAGUCUUUAAACUAUGCGCUUGGGGCUGGAGAUCUCUUCAACGUCAACGAUGAUUCGGAAUAUGUGGAGACAAUUAUUGCCAAGUGUAUUGAUCAUUACACGAAGCUCAGUGUGGAGAAUGCCGAGCUGCCGGAGGACGAAGAGAAAAAGAGCAUUGAUCCUCGUUUGGAGGGAAUUGUGAACAAGAUGUUCCAGCGCUGCCUGGGAGAUCACAAGUACAAACAAGCCAUCGGCAUCGCAUUGGAGACCAGACGCCUGGACAUCUUUGAGAAAACCAUCCUGGAAUCAAAGGACAUUAGUGGUUUGCUAGCCUACAGCCUGAAGAUCUGCAUGUCCCUCAUGCAGAACAAGAAGUUCCGUAAUGAAGUUCUCCGAGUUCUUGUCAAGCUCUACAUGAACCUGGAAAAGCCUGACUUUAUCAACGUUUGCCAGUGUCUGAUUUUCCUGGAUGACCCUCAAGCGGUGAGUGAUAUACUGGAGAAGCUGGUGAAGGAGGAUAACCUCCUGAUGGCCUAUCAGAUCUGUUUUGACUUAUAUGAGAGCGCCAGUCAACAGUUCCUCUCCUCAGUCAUUCAGAACCUUAGGACUGUCGGCACGCCCAUCCCAGCCGUACCUGGUUCUACCAACACCGGCACUGUGCCCACACAAGAGAAAGACAGUGAUGCCAUGGAGACAGAAGACAAAGCUGGCAGCUCACCUGCUGGAAAGACUGCAGAUGUGAAGGACGAGCCAAAGGACCAGAACUACAAAAUGAUCAAAAUACUGAGUGGUGAAAUGGCCAUUGAGCUGCAUCUUCAGUUCCUCAUUCGAAACAACAACACAGACCUAAUGAUCCUGAAAAACACAAAGGACGCGGUGCGGAAUUCAGUGUGUCACACAGCGACGGUCAUAGCGAACUCAUUCAUGCACACAGGAACAACAAGUGACCAGUUUCUCCGAGAGAAUUUGGAGUGGCUUGCAAGAGCAACUAACUGGGCCAAAUUCACAGCAACAGCUAGUCUUGGCGUCAUUCAUAAGGGUCAUGAAAAGGAAGCACUACAGUUAAUGGCCACUUACCUGCCCAAAGACACCUCACCUGGAUCAGCUUAUCAGGAGGGGGGUGGGCUGUAUGCCCUCGGACUGAUCCAUGCCAAUCAUGGGGGGGAUAUCAUCGACUACCUUCUGAGCCAGCUCAAGAAUGCUAGUAAUGAUAUUGUUCGUCAUGGUGGUGCUCUGGGUCUCGGGUUAGCGGCUUUGGGCACUGCCCGCCAAGACGUCUACGAUCUGCUCAAAUCAAACCUUUACCAAGAUGAUGCAGUAACAGGAGAGGCGGCUGGUCUUGCUCUUGGACUGGUGAUGUUGGGCUCGAAGUCGGCCCAGGCAAUAGAGGACAUGGUAGGCUAUGCUCAGGAGACCCAGCAUGAGAAGAUUUUGCGUGGACUGGCAGUCGGCAUCGCUAUGGUGAUGUAUGGCAGAAUGGAGGAGGCAGAUGCUCUAAUUGACAGUCUUUGCAGAGAUAAGGACCCGAUCCUGCGGCGUUCAGGAAUGUACACAGUGGCUAUGGCAUACUGCGGCUCUGGAAACAACAAAGCCAUCAGACGCCUGCUACAUGUUGCUGUGAGUGACGUGAACGAUGAUGUUCGGAGGGCCGCUGUUGAGUCCAUUGGAUUUAUCAUGUUCAGGACUCCAGAGCAAUGCCCUAGUGUGGUUUCCCUGCUGUCUGAAAGCUACAAUCCUCAUGUCCGCUGUGGUGCUGCCAUGGCUCUGGGCAUCUGCUGUGCUGGUACUGGAAACAAGGAAGCAAUCAACCUCCUGGAGCCCAUGACCAAUGACCCAGUGAAUUAUGUACGACAGGGUGCCCUGAUCGCCUCUGCCCUCAUCAUGAUUCAACAGACUGAGGUCACCUGCCCAAAGGUGAACCAGUUCAGACAGCUUUACUCAAAGGUGAUCAAUGACAAACAUGAUGAUGUGAUGGCCAAAUUUGGAGCCAUCCUGGCUCAGGGCAUCCUGGAUGCAGGUGGUCGUAACGUAACGAUCUCUCUGCAGUCACGUACAGGCCACACCCACAUGCCAUCUGUGGUGGGUCUGCUGGUCUUCACCCAGUUCUGGUUCUGGUUCCCACUCUCUCACUUCCUGUCCCUGGCCUUCACACCCACGGCCAUCAUUGGCCUCAACAAGGACUUAAAGAUGCCGAAAGUACAGUAUCGAUCCAACUGCAAACCCUCCACAUUUGCCUACCCUCCACCCUUGGAAGUGCCAAAGGAGAAAGAAAAAGAGAAGGUUUCCACUGCUGUUCUGUCCAUCACGGCCAAAGCCAAGAAGAAAGAGAAGGAGAAGAAAGAGAAGGAGGAGGAGAAGAUGGAAGUGGAGACACAGGCGGAGGCUGAGAAGGAGAAGAAAGAUGAGGAGAAGGAGAAGGAGAAAGAGAAGGAAAAAGAGAAGGAGAAAGAAAAAGAAAAAGAAAAGAAAAAGGAUCCAGAGCCGAACUUUCAGAUGAUGGAGAACCCAGCUCGUGUCAUGUCUGCUCAGCUCAAAGUUCUCUCCAUGCCUGACAACUGCAGAUACCAGCCAUUCAAACCUUUACAAACCGGUGGCAUUAUCAUCAUGAAAGACACCAGUGAAGAAGACGAGGAGCUUGUGGAGCCUGUGUCUGCUCAUGGACCCAAGAUAGAGGAGGAAGAGCAGGAGCCCGAGGCCCCAGAGCCAUUUGAGUACAUCGAUGAGUGACAUACUCCACCGUAAAGGUGGUGUUCUGAAUUCAGCGAGUUUCCAGCAUGCACCGCUCCAUGUCCACUCCUCCACCAUUUUUUCCUUUUAUAUGUUGUUUUCUCCACCUGGCCAAUCACGGUCGCUUGGGGAAUGUUUUACAUGAUUAAUUUCAAUCAUUAAAAUAAAAUGUAAAUGUUCAACAUAA